GUACGCUAUAAUGACACGUGGUUGUUAGUUAGUUAUUCCGCUUCUCACCAAGCUUGUUAUACAACAUGUCAUUGUAAAUACUGAUUGAAGGCCUAACCAGAGAGGAAGCCAUUGUGUUAUAUAUGUCAUUUUUUGAUCACAACGAUUACAAGAAAGAUAAAGUUCCAGUCAAAACAUGGUGGCCACGGAAAAUACAUCAAUAACAGUGAAAAUGAGUGACGAGGAGAACCCCCUUCCUAAACAUCCUUUAAGGGAUACAUUAGUGAUUUCGUUUUCCUUUAUGGCUAUUUACACGUCGUAUUUAGCCAUACAGAACUUACAGAGCAGUUUGAAUCAAGAAGCAGGAUUGGGAGUUACGUCCCUUGCCUGUCUCUACGGGACUAUUCUCAUAUCCGGCACAAUGGCGCCAUCUUUUAUUAGGAUCGUUGGCGCAAAACGAUCGUUGGUGAUAGCCUGGAUAAUUCACACCAUCUACACUGCGAGUAAUUUUUAUCCAACAUGGGCGACAUUGAUUCCAUCGUCCAUAUUAUUAGGAGGCAUUGCAGGACCCCAAUGGACGUCACAAGGGUUAUAUCUGUCCAGGAAUGGAGAUGCCUAUUCCCGCAUAAUAAAUGAAAACAUCCAUUCGGCUUUAAGUAAGCUUAAUGGAAUAUUCUUCACGUGUUAUGAAGCUACGCAAAUCACUGGAAAUUUGAUUUCAUCCCUUGUACUACAACAAGGCUCCUAUGACGAAAGUGAGGACAACGUCACAAAAACGUGUGGUGCUGAUAGUUGCCCUAUUGCUGCCAACGGCACGCUCAUCGAAGAGCCAGACACCCACGUUGUCUAUAUUUUAUUGGGAAUAUUUCUGGUUUGUGACAUUAUUGGAAUUUGUUUAACGGCUUUUCUCCUGCCGAAAUUAAUAGCCCCGAAAUCUCAGAAACAAUCUCUAUCAAAAUCCGUGGUAUCAUGUUGUACUACUUUAGUCGAUAAAAAGAUGACACUUCUAAUCCCCCUGUUCAUGUCCCAGGCCAUGAACCAAGGAUUACUUCUAUCAGAAUAUACAAAGGCCUUUAUCAGCUGUUCAUUGGGUAUUUCAAUGGUAGGAUUUAUAAUGGCGUGCUUCGGCGGAAGUACAGCCAUUUUGGCAUUACUAAUUGGGCGUCUAGCUAAAUAUACUGGACGAUAUGUAUUAUUUACUAUAGCCAGCGCCAUAGAUAUGGGAAUGCUACUAACAUUAUAUUUUUGGGAACCGCAGAAAGAUCAAUUGUAUCUGUUUUUCAUAAUUCCUACUGUCUGGGGCAUUUCGGAGGCCAUUUUUCAAGCACAGUUUAAUUCUUUAAUAAGUAUAUUAUUCGGAGAAAAGAUAGAUUCGGCGUUUGCCAACUAUCAUACUUCCAAGGCCUUUGCAUUCACAACAACGUUUGUUUGUGGAGUUUUCUUGUGUUUAAGAACGAGGAUUUAUAUCGCCAUUGUACUUCUAUCAGUUGGAUUUCUAGGCUAUAUUGGAGCUGAAAUUAUUUUCUCGAGGACAAAAGUGACCAAAAAUAGAAAGGACGGCGUACCGGCAACAACAGAUGAAAAGACACAUUUAUAGAAUUAAAUAUGAUAACACACAGGAAAUUUGUUCAUGCGUCAAAUUUAGUACUACUAAUCAUAAUAGUAAGUGAAGGAAUAGGGGCUGCGAUGGUUCGGUCAGUAAGACGUUGGCUGGAUGUUCCGUGGUCGAUCCCGGUGUUAGGCGAGAAAGUUCACCAGGAUUUUCCGGCGUGGUUCCCCCUUAUCAAUGAUGUACAACGGAGGGCUAUGCAAUGGACAAAGUAUAGUCGUUCAGAAAAGUUUUUCAUGCGCCAAAUAUAGUGCUAUCAAUCAUAAUAGUAAGGAAGAGGGGUCGCGAUGGCUCGGUGCGUAAGACGUUGGCUGGAUGUUCCGUGUUCGACCCCGGUGUUAGCCGAGAAAGUUCACCGCUUUCCUGAACUAUACAGAUUUAUAAGCCAAAUAAAAGUAGUUUCAAUAAUGACGGAGGAUUCUAAUUGGUCAGUGGUUCUGCAAUGGUUAAUCACCCACUCCACGGAAACCAAAUUGACUAAGUGAAAAGAUACGCUUCUGAUAUCCAAUAUUUAAGUGACAAUCGAUAUUUUAAAAAUUGGCACACGGAUCGCGUACCAGAAUACCCCCGAGCGCCAUGUGUAAAGAGGCGACUCUAUGAACGAGGUCCAACAUGUCCCACGGGAAAUACUGCUGGUGUAAACUGGAAUAACCAGACGCCAAAAACUGCCAUUUAAACAAAUGUUUAAAUUUUAUUAAUCAUUUUUGAAAAUAUUACCCGUAGCCCAGAGGCCGAUAAAAUCUUAAUCCCUGGAUUAAUGAUAGUGGAACGCAUUGAAAAGAAAUGAAAUGGGGUUUAACGUCCUGUCCAUUGCCAAGUCCUCUGUUCUGCUGCACUGACAAGGGGGAAGCUACGUCGGUACAAAAUCCCGAUGGUCUUUAUCGGUCAACAACGGGAUCGAUCAGGGGACAUCCAGGUUAGCGAGCCAAUGUCUUACUAAUGUAGCCACCGCGGCUCACCGAUGUGGUUUUUACGUUCUGUCGGAAAAACAGGCCGGACAGGCAUCUUCGGAGCUUUCCAGAUCAACGAGGCAGCUCCGGGUAUUUGGUUUAGGCGGUUAUGUUUUUGGUUACCUAGAUGCGAUUCACUCUGAUAAGUGGCAGAAAAAAUUAACAAAAUAUUACUGACAGGCUAACUAGACACAAUUUUAUGGAACACAGGUACUUUUCACUUCACACAUGUUUCCAGGAUGAUUAUCACUGUGUUUUAUUUUAGCAUUAUAAACCAUAUUGGGAUAUGUACAGGUUUUAUACAGAUAGAAUCUUAACUAAUCCUAAUAAUUGUUGUAAAUAAAUAGGAGUUUUGGCCAACUAUGUAAAUUUUUUGGGGGGUCCAAGUAUAUUCAGUGGUAUACACGGGGCCUUUGCUUUACGUCACAUCCGCGGAACUAAUUGAAAUGGAAAGAAAAUGAAAUGGGUUUAGACGUCCUGCUUUGCUGCAGCGACUGGGCUAAUGGAGAUAGGCAAUCGCCAGUUUUCUAUGAGGGAUUUUUUACCCGGGCAGCGCCACUACAGCCUACUCUUAAAUCGAAUCGCUAAACAGUUGACCUUCUCAGGAAUUUGUCUCGGCUAACACAUGG